AUACCAGUUAAUAUUCACAUAGAUGUUUUGACUUUUUUGUGUGUAACGUUAGUAUCCCGCCAACUUCAGUGUCGCCUAUCGGGCCUAUCGAUAUUCAAAUUGAAUAAAUUCUCGACUACUCGUACUGUCGCGCGCAAGUAUAAAAUACAGACUACGACAACGUAAGACAAUAAUUUUGUGGAGAGUACCCGAAUCAAGUAUACCUAAAAUAAAAUAUGGACCAUAAAAUUGAGCACACACACGAUCCACAGUUGCAAGAGCCAUAUCAAUCGGAUUCCCCUAAUCAUACCAUUGUGAACGAGAGUCCUCUUGUGCAGCACCUGCUUAACCAUGUAGGCGAGCAGAAAUAUCUAUUGAAAUGGGAGCAGCAUGCAAGAUAUCAGCAAGAAUUACAGCUGAAAGCAGCUUUACAGAAGCAGUGCAGUUCACUCACAGAUAACAGAAAGCUGAAUGCUAUGUUAAGAAAUGCCAAUUAUGAGCUUUCUGUGCUCAAAUCGCAGUUGAACCCCACAAAAUCGGAGCAAACAACCCAGCUGAAAACUGUUUUAUAUAAUGAAGACACUUUGAUUGCAGCUAACAAAAAGCUGCUUGCAGAGAAUGCUGAGCUAACUGCGACCCUGGAAGCUAAGGAGCUCCAGCUAUCCCGUGAGAAAACUAAGACUGAGCAACAAAUUGCACAGCUGAAAGAAGAUCUAAGUCGUGCCGAUCGCGAAUUGAAGCGGUGCCAGACUCAUGUGCUUGCCAUAACUACGAUCAACGAAAUGCUAAUAAUUGGGAAUGAAAAACGCGACGAUAUAAUUUAUGAAUAUAAGCGAAAGCUGCACAAAUUCAAUAACUUAAGCAUGUCAUCUGAUUCUGAGUCGCUAUCGGAAGACAGCUCUGUUGUAGAGGUAGAGCAAGAGGCGCACAAAUCCCUAGGAGAGAAAACUGAGAACUGUAUGGAAACCUGUCAGGGCUUGCCCCGUAACACCAAUGCAUCGUCUAUUCAUUUGGGAACUUAUGCCCAGUUUCGUCGACAUUUAUCUGAGGUAGAGGAAGAAUCGACCGAUCAGUAUCUGUGUACGCUUUGUGGCUGUCGUUCGAGCAGCGAGGGUGAUCUUAAACUUCACUUGUUUGAGAAACAUGAAAUGGAAUCGCUGUCAGUGAUGUUGGAUAAAUGCUGUCUGGAUUAGUAUUUUGAGAAGACUUGUGAAAGUGAGAAUCUAACAUAAAUACCAUUUUGUAUGCCGAAGAAGUUUCCGGCUGUAGACGAGGACUCACUGGAUUACUGGACAUUAUCCGAUCAGUUUCAUUUGUUUAUCGAAAUGAAAUUGUUGCAUUUUUGUUUACUUU